CCUGCCGGCCUGUGUUAAUCCUGAAAGAAACACUAAAAUAAAUGAAUAAUUAACUGACUAGACCCAUGUUCUCUUCCUCAAUCUAUGCUAUUUGAAUCCCCCUUAUAAAGCAACUUCAGGCGCAUCACAACUUCAUUUUUUCUAUCUUCAGAGAAGAAACAAUUGUUCCUAUUCUUUUGGGUUGGCAUGGCUACCUUUAGAGCUCUCUUCUUUGCUCUUGCCAUCUCCCUGAUUGCAAUAAAUCUGAGUUCUGUAGAUGCAGCAUUUCCAGACCAUGUCCACGUAUCCUGGGGAGGUAAUAAUCAAGAAUUGAUUGCGGGUAAUGGUGAAGAUCUUCAGCUUGUGCUAACCAAUUGGUCAGGAUCUGGAAUUCAAACAAAACAAGCAUUCUUCUACGGCAGUAUAGAAAUGCUAAUCAAAUUAGUACCUGGGAAUUCUGCUGGCACUGUUACAGCCUACUAUUUGUCUUCAACCGGUCCUGCGCACGAUGAAAUAGACUUUGAGUUCUUGGGCAAUGUAUCAGGAGAACCUUACACUGUCCACACAAAUGUCUUCACUCAGGGUGUUGGACACAAAGAGCAGCAAUUUCAUCUCUGGUUUGACCCAACAGCUGAUUACCACAACUACACCAUACACUGGAACCCGAGUAGGAUUGUGUGGUUUAUUGAUGGGCUGCCAAUCCGAGUCUUCCAAAACUAUGAGAGUCAGGGAAUUGAUUUCCCAAACAAGAAAGGGAUGAGGGUUUAUUCCAGCUUAUGGAAUGCUGAUAGCUGGGCAACACAAGGUGGGCGUGUGAAGACUGACUGGAGCUGUGCACCUUUCAUAGCUAGAUAUAGAAAUUUUAGACCAAGGGCUUGCAAGUGGAGUGGACCAGUUAGCAUCAGUCAAUGUGUCACCAAUACACCUGCCAAUUGGUGGACAUCCCCUGUUUACAGCAAGUUAAACUACAGGCAAAUUCGUCAGAUGAAGUGGGUCAGAAAAUACUAUAUGAUCUAUAACUACUGCACUGAUUAUAGAAGAUUCAACUGGAAAAUGCCCCCUGAAUGUUCUUUACAAGACUAUUCUUUAGACGAAUAUUAGAAGCAAACAAAGAAAAUAUGGUUCCAAAACUGAGACACCUAAGUUUGGAUCCAAAAGAGAUGAAUGAACUUUUGCUGCCCCCUAUUGUUUGAAUCAUUUCAGAUUACAAAUGAGGAAUAAACUCUCUGUCAGCUGUAUCUUCUCAACUUUGUAUUAAAUCUUAGUAAAAUUUUUU